CACCGGGGUGUUACUGACAGUUCUUCGGACAAGACGUGAACGCAGCAUUUCCUCCUCAACACUGCUAUGAUGAACAGAAACAGAGUUCGCCAACACUCGGAGCUGUAAUUUGUCCAAUAUUCAUCAAUAACAAGAACCGUGUGGUGGAGUAGGACUAUAUCUCACUAUUUAGUGGCAAACGUUAAGCGUUAGGAAGUUUAGCCAGACCUCAAUUACUUAAUCUAGCCUGGUUAGUUACCGUGAUCGAAGCUAGCAACUUGACGUCAGCUAAGCUAACGUAAAAUUGGACGGUUAAGCUAAACUUUAGGGGCACCGACUAACGUCAAAGGUUAAACCUUAGCUGACUUUCAACUAUCCAGAACGAUUAGGUACACUGGGUAUUUCCGUCUGAGUGGCGUGUGGUUGACACGGUUGAACGGUUGAUUUAAUAAGUGAAAGUUACGCCAAAUGUAUAGUAGCAGAUAGCUAGCUUAUAUUAGGGAAGCAUUAAGCUAGCACGCGGCAAAGCGACGGUGUGAGGAUUUGUUUAUCAUACUUCAUCCGUCGCAAAUACCCGUGGGAUUGAGCUCUUUGAGGGAUUACGUGAUAUUCGGUCGACUUUCCCAUGCUCGCUGUGUGGCUGGGCGAUAGCUAGCCGGUGGGGCCGAGGAGGUAACCAGCCAGCAGUCGUGUUAAACAUGGAGGAUGAAGAGGUCGCAGAGAGCUGGGAGGAGGCAGCGGACAGCGGGGAAAUAGAGAGAAGGCUUGAGGCUAAACUGAAAAUAAAUCAAGAGGCAAAGAAGUCCAGCUUGGGUUCGGGUUGCUCACCUGUUCAAACUGCGAUUGUAAUCCAGGACGACUCUCUGCCUGCAGCACCCCCACCACAAAUUCGAAUCUUGAAACGUCCCUCAAAUAACGGUACGGCAGGAAACCUUGCAUCCUCGACUCGUCCCUCUCAGCAGAUGAAGUCUUUGGCCCAGCGGGAGGCAGAGUACGCAGAAGCCCGAAGAAGGAUCUUGGGUAGUGCAUCUUCAGAUGAUACGCCUCAGGACAAUCCUUCCCAGGAAAGGCCAGCUCGUAUGCAGCAACCAUUGGAACCAGUUCCACUAAACAACGAUGUGAUUCGCCAGCCCACUGGCCCUGAUGGCACCUCAGGCUUCAGACUCUGCAGAUAAAGAGGAGAUACGUGCUACAAGGAAUCUGCGUUCUCCUCGAGAGGGCAUAAAGGGUGACAGUUCAAGGGGGUAUGUGUGGUAUGAAGAGCAGAGUGGUGGGAUGACACAAUUCGACAAACAUUAGAAAUAUGAAGACAUAACAUGGAAUGAAAUGAACUCCUCCACCCUCUCUACUCUGCUUUGUGGCAUGGUCUUUGCGUUUCACCUUGCCUUUUCCUUCUGUGGAAUGUGCAAGGGGCUCGCACAGAUCAGUUUAAGAUCUAAAACCCUUUCUGUUCCACAACGUGAACAGGCCUUUGCCUCACAUCCCUAGACACUGUGAUUCUCUGAUGUUCCAUGAAAUGCCCUGUGAUGUUAGGUAAGAUUGGCCGGCUGAGUGCCAGGACAUCAGGUGCCUGUCUCUUCAGGGAGAAUAAGGGAAGCUCAUGAAUCUGUGGGAUUUCCCCUAAGAGGUGCAAAAGAAGGAGCUGGCCUGUCCACUGAGGGAGUGGGGAGCAUGGCUGGGUGUCCACCGGGCCGCUGGUCUCAGUUUUUUGAGGGUUCAGUGGAACGGAAGUGUUAGGCAGUGCUGAGAGUUUACCGUUUGUGUCCAGCAGCUUGAGUGAAAGGUGAGAAACGGUCAAACACUUCGGGUAAAAGUGUGUUUUUCUACUCUAGUUGCAUAGCAACGGCAGAACAGCAUUUCCUGGAGUCCGCUGUUUGGCCCGGGUGGCUAUUAAAGAAAGGCCCGGUGGGCACGCAGCCUUUGGCCAAAGAUUAUAGAUCGUAUGGUCAGAAUGUCACUAAAUCUUAAGUUUAUUCAAGCAAUAAAGAUGAAGUCACUCCCUGAAUAAUUUUUUACAUAUUGCCUAUUAACCUGUGCUGACAAUGUUCCUUAUGUUUGUAUUUUUUUCAAAAGGAUAGUAAGUUUAAGUCAGAAGAUCAUUAGUGUAUCAGAGGUUAGAUGAUAUAGCCUGCGUACAAACUGUAUUGGUAGAUAUUUUAAAUUAGUUAUCGCGCAUAUUUGUCCCUGUCUUUUGCCGUGCUCAAUUAGAACAUAUCAUACAUCAAACUGUACCGCAUCGAUUUAGAUGAGAGGACUUUGAUCUGUAAGUAUGUCUGACUGAUGAUGUGAAGCGUUAUUUGGUUAUGUUUUAGUCUUCAGAUGACAGUCACAAGACACCGAGAGUCCGAAGAUAUUCUUUCAAACUAGAAAAAAAUCAUAACAAAGAUAUUAGAAAGCUCUGUCAUUUUGAAAGAAGCGGCUGCCUGGUUUUGGUGAAUGUUGUUGUUGUUGUUUUUUUGCGCCACAGGAUUUUUACAUCAUUGUUUGUCACAGAUUCAAAAUAAAAUUUUGCAAACCAUGACAUCAAUAAUCUCAUCAAAUACUGAUCAUUACUUCUACUCCUUUGGAGCCCUUUGACACUUGUAUGCCUUAAAUGACACAUUUUCCCUGGUUAUAUUUGUUCUGUCCAAUGGGUAGUGCUUGUUAGUCUUCAGUUUCUUGUGCACAUGUGAUAGUUUUAUGUUGAUAAACCCUGUCGUUAAGGAACAGUUAAUAGUUAUAGUGUUGGGCAAAUACAAAGUAAUUUAAGGUGCAAUAAUGCUUUUCUUACUUAAUGGUUCAUGACUGUGCUUGGACUAUAAUUUAUCGAAAUGUUUUACAGUGACAGUAAAAGCUUUAAUUGGAAAUAUACACAAGGAAAUAAAUUGAUAUCGAUUGAACAUCUUCCCCAUGCACAGCAGCAAACUCAACAAUAUGUCUGCAUGUGUGCCACUCAUUCCAACCUCAGUCACUAAAAUGUAAAUUACAUUUAGGGCUAGAGGAGUGCUUGGUUUCUUUUAUUGCUCUAUAAUGACAGUAAUCUAAGUUUUACAUACAGCUCUAACUUUUUUUUAAGAAAGUACGGCCUACACUAUACUCUGAAUAUACUGUUCCUAGGGUUUUGGUUCAAUUGUUGAAAUAAAAUGAGUUUAAUUUAAAAUUGAUAAUUAAAAGCAAAACCCAUCCUGUAUCUAUGUGAUCUACCCAUUGUGCUUUGCUUCUGUCAUUUGCAGAAGCCUGUCUACAUUAUAGCUGAUUUGAUGUCAUUCUUGUUUUGAAACUUGCAAAACUACAAAUGAAAUUUGAAUACCCUUUAAUAAACCUAGUUCAAACUUGG